GGAGAGUCACCAUCUCCAUCUCCGCGGUGCCGCCGAUGCCCAUGUACCCCCCCACACACAUCGUCCAGAGGGACGCAAACUUGGAAACGUUGAAUCCACCCGCUCCUCCUCCCCCACCGAAUGUUGCCGUUUCUCCCCCUGGAGCAGAAAGGCUGUGGUCCUCUGACCCCGACUCUGACGGGGUGGCUUUAGGUCACCGGCACAAGUCUCCCAUCCCUAACACCCCCACCACGCUGGACAAGCAGACUAACUGGUCUAAAGCUCUGCCGCUGCCCACCCCCGAGGAGAGAAUGAAAACCAACUCACAAGUCAUCUCCUCAUGUGUCAUCCCCAUUAAUGUGACUGGGUCCCCUCAGAUCCUGAGGAAGUCGACUGGACCGGACACUGUCGUGCUGAACCCUGAGCCGUCCAAAGAAAAGGAGAAGCAGGGCUUCUUCAGAGCCAUAAAGAAGAAAAAGAAAAAGUCUCAAAUGAUGCAAGUCCCCGAGGGACGGCCUCCUGUCAUCAAGAAAUGUCUGUUCCCUCUGUUUAGCCCAAAGAAUAACAUAAAGCAUAGCUCCUCUGGGAGAGUCCUCCCUGUCCUGUCCUCUCCCAUGGUUCCUAAUGAAGCGGUGGACUCAGUCAUCCAGAAGUCCUCCAGGUCCUCCGGGCACCAGAGCAGCCGCCACAGGACCCGGGACAAGAGCAGAGACCGGGACCAGGACCGAGAGCGGGACAAGGACUGGCCUCCCGAGAAGCUGUCCGAUUCACACUCUCCGAGUCAGCCCCUGAAGUCUCUGCGUAAACUCCUGCACCUUUCCUCCUCGUCCUCCAACCAGCCUGCUCAGUCUGACAUGCGCUACCAGCCGCUGCCUAAUCCGGCCUCUGUUCAAGGUGGUUUCACAGAGAGCCGGGGUCACUCGGGGGUCAGCACGCCGCAGCUGAAGAGCCGACAGACGGCCUACCCGCUGCCCGGACAGCUGGAGUCUGGCUGGCACUCGUCCGCCCUUGGCCGCCCCGAGGGCAACCCCUACCCGGAGCAGAUGAGCAUCAAGGGAGGCCAGAACGGGCACGGCUUUGGACGCCCCUCCAGGUCUCGUAUGCCAAACCUCAACGACCUGAAAGAGACGGCUCUGUGAUCGCCUCGCUGCUCCCAGACUCCUCCGUUUCCCCUCCGUCGCUCCUACACGUCCACUUGCGUAACAGUCCACCUGCUGACUGCACACACACACAUGAACACACAGAAACCAAACCUUCAGUUUGAAACACUGCUUGCAAAACGGGCCAAAAGCCUUUUUACGUCUUCAUUUUUUAUGUUUGAUAGACUUUAUAUUAUUACUUGUGUAAUUCUGAUUAUAAUUUGUAUUAUAAAGUAAAUAUAUUACAAAUUAAAUAUAUAUAAAUGGAUAGAUAAAAGUGUAGAUUUUAAGUGUAAGUAUUUUUGUUUCUAUUGGAUAUAGAAAUAUAGUACAUUGUACUGCGUAGUAUUUCCUGAAGGCUAUCGAAGGCAUUCUAAACAAAUACAGUUUUAUCAGUUGUUACAAUGGAGAUUGGUAAUGUCAGUAACUUUGCAGUGUGUUCAUCUCACGCAGGGUCGUAACUCUUCAUCAACGCUGUCGUGCUCUGUCUUCUGCUUACAGACGCUCAAAUGUGCAACUGCAAGUCAAAGCAGUCUUGAGAAUAUAGCUGUAGUGUCAUUUUUCUGAGUUGGCACUGACAAUCUUUAAAGCUUAAAUCUAUUUGUUCUUUUUUUUAGGAUAUUUAGGUUUUUAUGUCUUUUUGUAAUGCAGCCAUUUUAGACACUGUGGUGCCAUAAAGUGAGAUAAAUCUAACCGACAUCUCCCUCUGUAGGAGAUCACGACGCACUGCAUCUACUGUUUCUGACUGCACUAACAUUAGCCACUGACUUCUAAUGCACAGUAUGUGUCAAUCCUCAUUUUCAUAUAUAUUUUAAACAAAUGUUACAUAAUAAAAACUAUGGUUACACCUCAAUCAUUUCAAAUACAACACAUAAGAACUGUUCCUUGUACAGACUAUACCGACGAUCCCCUUUUGGUAGUAACGUAAUCUAAGAUUAUUUACUGAAAUGUUUAUUUAUGUAAAAGUGUGGAGGAAUUAUAGAGUAUGAAAUCUUGAUACUUUUUUGAAGGAUGUGAUAACUUCCCUCACUACCAGGAUUCAAGGAAGUCUGUUUGUUGCUCAUUUCUUACUUAAAGAUUUCACAUAAGCAACGUCCAAGUGGUUCAACUCGUCCAAAUAGUCCUACCCCUUUUUAACACAACUGAUUAUAAAGGUUUAUUAUUUUAUUUUUUUCAUACAGUUUAAUUGUCAUUAUUUACAAUAGUACUGCUCCGGCUUGAAGAGGCAGAAGCUGAGCGUUUCAACCAUAGCCUAUAUUACUUUUAGCUAACUAUUCCAGCUGUUUAUAACCAUUACUUUUAGCUAACUGCAGUAGUUAACUGUAUCAAUUUAUUUUAGCUUUUUGACGGUUUGCCCAUAAAUAUUAGCUAACUAGUACAACUCUAUCUAUUGGUUUUUAGCUAAAUACGGAAGUUAACUAUCUUUUUCUUUUAGCUUUUUGACCAUUUGUCCAUUACUGUUAUGCUAGCUAGCUGACUACCAGUGUUACUACUGUUUGUUUAAGCUGACUAAUUCAACCAACUAUCUAUUACUUUUAGCCAUUACUUUUAGCCAUUUCAAAAAUGUCCCUUAUAUUUUAAGCUAACUCAUUUCUGUUAGCCAACAUUUAGCAAUUUCAAACAUUUCCCAAAAUGUUUAUCCAUUAAGUUAAGCUAUCUAUUUCAACCAUAUAGCUAAUUCUUUCUUUCAUCUGUUUAUCAUUAACUACAUUUAACUAAUUAUUCCAACUGUUUAUUCAUUGCUAACUAUUUCGACAAUUUUGCCACACCAUGUUUCCAUUACUUUUAUGCUAGCUAAUUAUUACUAGUGUUGGUUUAAACUCACUACUUAACCAUCUGUUACAUUUAGCAAUUUCAACCAUUUUCUAACUAUUUUAUACUGUUUUCCAUUUCUUUUAGGUUUUUCAACAUCUGUCCAUUACAUUGCUAACGUUAGCUAAGUGUUUCAACUGAUUAUCCGUUAGGCUACGUUAAGCUAACUCAACCAUAUUUUCUUUACUUUUUGCUAGCUUUUCAACCACGUAGCCUAAUUAUAACUUAGCUAUUGGAACUGUGUAGCCUUUCCAUUAACUACAUUUAACUUACUAUUUGCCACUACUUUAAGCUAAUUAGUUAACUGUAGGCUAUCCAUUUCUUUUAGCUUUUUCACUAUUUGGCCAUUAAUUCUAUGCUAGCUAACUAUUACUAGGGCCACCGUUCAUUUUAGCUCCCUAAGGUAACCAUCUAUCUUUUACAUUUAGCAAUUUUAAUAAUUUCUACAUUACUUUUUGCUAACUAUUUCAACUGUCUAUCCAUUGCUUUGUGCUUCUUCACCAUUUGUCCAUUACUUUUGCGCUAGAUAACUUUUAGCAUUACUCAUUACUUACUAAUUUAACCAUUUAUCCAUUACAUUUAGUAGUUACUAUUAGCUAACUAUUUUAAUGUUGAAAUAGUCUCUUUUUCAUUAUAUUAUAGCCUACUAGUUUCUUUGAGCUAACUAUUCCAAAUGUUUAUCCAUUUAUUUUAGCUUUUUCACCAUUUGUGCAUUACUUUUGUGCUAGCUAACUAUUCCACCUGUUCUUCCAUUACGUUAAGCUUAUAAUUAAACCAUUGGUAUAAGCUACCUGUUUAGACUUUUCUGCUCGCUUGCUAACUUUUCACGCACUCAAUCGCAACACAUAGCUAGUGUAUUUUUUAUCGGAUUGCACAAACUAAACCACUUGGGACAAGCUUAUGAGAAAUCUUAAUACAGAACCACAGAAGCUCUGUACUGUAACAUUGUUUUCUGUCUGGGAUAAAGUGCCAUGAAAGUAGCUUGGCAGAAAUAAAUCCUAAGCUUUUAAUGUUGCACUUUAAAGAGACUGUAAGGCUCAGCAAUAUAAUGCCCUGACUCUGUAAAUUCUUCACCUCAUCACUGUUCAUCGUGUGCACAGUGUGUGAAGACUGAAACAUCCCAGCACAGAGUCCAAACACGACCGUACCGUAUUGUGUAUCGUGCAUCUGUGAGGACCGUGCCACUCUACUCGACACAAUACAUUUCUUUCUUUGGAUUAUUGUUGUUGCUGAAGGAGCACUGUGUAUUAUAUUAAUACUGAUGUGUGACUUGUUUGGUAAUAUUUAUAACAGAAGAUGUUUAUCAACUGUUUGAAUAAAUUCAAGUAUGUGCUUUUAUUACAGACACAAAUUAGUAGCAUAGUAAGUGUUUAUCUGCUUUUUCUUUUCAAGAGAGCAUUUACAUGAGUGCAUAAACCCACAAAUUAAAGCUUAACACUUUUAGAAUAUUCAUGUUUACAUAUGUAACAGUAAAUCUCAAAUAAAACAAACUCCUUUGA